UACGUUCAGCGGCAAUGGAUUCAAUUGGGUCUCCGACAGAGCGGCGAUGAGUUUGAGAAUUUAAAAGCCAAUUCUGGUGUCGUUCAGUACCACUCCUUUAAAGUUGGCGGAAAUGACACGGGAUAUGGACAGAGGAUGGAUGGCUAUAAUCGGCCCCAAACCACCCUUUAUGAAGCCGCCAAUCUUAUUUCGUGCUGCGGCACACCUUAUCAUAAUUCAGAGACAAAAAGCCACAACAGUAUCCACAACAAGAAGAACUCAAUUUUGCCAAAUCUUUUGAUUCGGCGCGAAAGCCAUCGCUUGUAG